GUCUACUUGAAUGUCAGGUGACGUGAUGCGAUGUGAUGAGGGGCUGCGCUGGAUCACUUCCGAUUUUUCAUUUCUCAUAUUUACUCACCAGGAUCUUCAAUUGAUCAAUAGGUUCCUCGAGAUGGCCCAGAUCUCGGAUCUCAUCCGCGACUCCCGCCUGGAAACCUACUUCCUUCCCGACUAUAGAGUAGAGACUCUGCAUACAUAUCGCGAGUCCGACCCUACGGGCCAACGGCGCGUCGUCAAUAGGUCAGAGCGUUGGACGCGAUUAAAGAAGAUUGGAAUUGGUGGCUUUGGAGAUGUUUGGUUAGAAAGAUGUACUAGCGGUGGCCAGCCGGAUGGUACUCUCAGAGCCGUGAAACAGAUGACUGUCGACCUAAAAUAUGGUUCUAUUGACUAUAACCGGGAGCUGGAAGCUAUUGCCAAAUUUUCACAUAAACGGUAUGAACGAUGCUUUGUCAAGUCGUUUGGGUGGUACGAGGAUGGCGAUCAGCUUUUCAUUGCUAUGGAAUAUCUCGAAGCUGGCGAUCUGUUCUCAUUUCUUUACCGAAAGCCACCUCUGCCAGAAGCCGAAGCAAUGGAGAUAGCGUACCAGAUCCUCGAAGGACUGGACAUGAUGCAUGAUAAUGAAUUUGCGCAUCGAGAUUUGAAACCUCAUAAUAUUCUGAUCAAAUCCCAUCCCCCGAAUCGAUGGUGGAUCAAGGUUGCUGAUUUUGGCAUUUCGAAGCGUAUUGAAGAAGGUACACUGCCAUUCUCGACAGCGCGUGGUACAAAGGGAUACAUAGCCCCCGAAAUUUACGGUUUUGUCGAGAAAGAAAGUGCAUAUGCAACUGAUAUUUGGGCGCUUGGGGAGAUUGUCUUUCAGCUUCUCACCCAGAAGCCGACAUUCAAGAACGUUGGACUGCUUGCAAACUACAUGGCACAACCGGAUAUCUUUCCUCGUGGGGAACUGGACAAGCUGAAUGUCAGCAGCUUGGGUAUUGAUUUUGUCCUUGCGGUUAUGAGUCCACGUCCAGAGGAGCGGCCGACAGCCAAAUUGGCAUUGUCACACGACUGGAUUAGAGAAGUGAAAGAGCCGGCAGACACACCUUUGAAGUUUGACUUCCCAAAGACCAACUCGAUCACCAGCAUAACCGAGAAUUUGGAUAAUCCGACAGAGGACCAAUUUGCAGCUUGGAGCACACUGUCAAUUCGACCAAAGCCAGAAAAUAAGAUCCCCGAACCUAUACAACGCCUCAUAGACGGCCUUAAACGUGAGAAUUUCCGGUUGAAAAGGAACUUCGAGGCUCACUCACUAGGCGCUUUAUUUUCACCAGAUGGCAGUCUACUCGCAAUUACUGGACCCAGUCCAGAUGUUCAGAUCUGGAGAGUUGAAGAUGGAGUCCUGCUCUAUAGACUUGAAGGGAUGCGAUCUCCGGCGUUCUCUCCAAACUCAAGAUACUUGGCAGUCCUAGGUUACGAAAAAGCAUGGAUUGUACUGCCCAAAUCAGGGACGUUCCGUAAAGUCCUCGCAUUACCUGGCGAAGAAGUCAAAUUCAUAGCCUUCUCUCCUGGCAGUGAGCUUCUUGCUACAGGUGGAUGGUGUACUCAGAACAGAAUUAAGAUCUGGUACUCUUCUACUGGAGAAGAAUAUGCCACCUUCACUCCACCUGCGACAGUCCCGAUGGGAAAACAAUCAGACGACCAUGAUGAAAUGGUCGCGUUGACCUUUAGUUCCGAUGGUCAACGAGUUUUAUGUGCCACGACAUUUCACACUUGGAGCUGGGAUACUGCGGCUGGCACCUUUGUUGACAACCCCCCGACUGACGAGAUGGGAAAUCUAAUAAAGAAACAAAACGGCAUCUUCUCCUUGAAUGGAGAUUUCAUCGCCUUCGAGAAUCAUAGGAUUUGGGGUUCCAUAUUUACUGGAAAAAGCUCAGGCGGUCGCAUGACAAGACUGAAUGUCUGUGAUAGCCUGAUAUGGGCAUGGACAAUAUCACCAGACGGAAGAGUUGUCGUCACGGUGGCCUCGGAACAUCGGGACAAAAUCCUAGGCUUUUGGGAUACAGUCUCGGGAAAACUCCUUUACUCGACUUCUGCGACUUCCGAAUGUUUUAUACGUGGGGAUUGGAAUAAUCCGUUUAACAAUAUCAAAGGUUUGUGUUUCUCGACCGACUCGUCAGUGAUAGCAUUCUUUGGACCGCCUGGUGUAAAGGUAGGGCCAUUUGGAGUGGAGGAUUGUUGAAGCCAUACAGAUAUUGCUCCGUAUGAAGUCUAGAAUCAGGACAGUCACUAUCCCUGACCCUUCCUUACCUACCAUCAACCUAAAGCUGUACUCUAUCCUUGAAAGAAGGUGCAAAUGCGAUACAUAUAGGCGAAAUCUGGAAGGUGAGACUAUGGGUCGUCCUUGCUGUCGUUUUCCUCUGAGCAGUUGGAAAACACCUUAUGACUCGAGUGCAAUUAACCAAAGAUCAUCAUUAUAUAUUUACAAAAC